AGUGUGCCGUGGCGAAGGCCAGAGGGCAGGGCCGGCCCCUGCCAGGGCCUGGGUUCCUCCCGCCUCCCGCUCCCCUGGGCUGCAGCCACGUCACUGUGUCCCUGUCUCUACCUGUCCCUCCCAGGGAUGCAGGGUCCGUGGACCAGGAGGCUUCCUCCCACACCUCUGCGAAGGCGCUGUCUCCCAACACUGCUGUGAGCCGGAACCACCAUCCCGGGACAUGCGCUCCUGUCUUCAGCUGCUCAGCCACCCACCGCCCAGCCUGCACAGCACAGCACCUCCAGAGCGCGCUCCCCACCUGGCGCCACGCCCAGUCAGCCAGAGUGCCCAGGACGGGGAUGGAGGCACAGCUGGCGGGGGCACCAUGUGGUGCUGCAGCGCACUUGCUCAGUGGCCCGGACUAUCCGGUAGCUGCCGGGCAAUGGCCUCCUCCGGGUGACAAGAAGUCAGGGUUCUCACGCCCACGCCUCCCGGGAGAGGCCCGGCUGCCAUGACUCACCCACUUCACAGGCCCAGAAGGGGCUGGAAGCAGAGUGGGGAGGGGACCAGCACCCCACAGGGCCAGGGCCCGGCUCGGGCUCGGUGAGUGCGUGCGGGUCCGGCUGACCGAGAGGCCACACUGGGCCCUGGGCCCUGCCCCGCCGUCGCCACCUCUCCACUUCCUGCCAGCCCCACAGCUGCCCGCCAGGCAGGGCACAAGGGCCCAUUAUGACGUCACGGUGAGAACCAGCAAAGGGCUCACUGUCAUGCAGACGGCUGCGUCCCCAGCAAGCACCCAUGCGGCCUACCCUGUGCCUGCCUAGCAGAAGGGGCAGCUGCACUUGGGGCGCAGCACACAGCACGCUGCCAGCACCACCAGCACCAGGGCACAGCGUCCUGGUGGAGCAGUGGUGUCCAGGGCCUGGCUUCCAGGGCUCCCGGUGCUAAAACAGCCAUCAGGGACGGAAGCCAGAUCCGUGGGGGUGACAGGCUCAGGGCUCCGUCCUCGCGCUGGGACUCCAGGCCCUGGCUAGGAGGAUGCAGGAGCCACAACUGGGCAGGGAGCCCCCGCCUGCACACAGUCUGCCCGUGGCACACACCUGCUGUGUAGAUGCCACCAGACCAGGUUCUGCCCAGCGAGGCCCAGACCCGAGGCACAUGCCACAAGCCUCCCUCUGUGCACAUCUCGAUGCAAACUCCCUCACAACCUCGCACGGGACUCCCACCAGCCCACGGCGAAGACAGGGAUGGAGGCCAAGCCAGACCUCAGCUCCAAACCCGACCCAGGGUCUCACCUGGGCACCCAGGCCGGUGCUCCUCCUGGUCCCAGAGCCACACCUGCAGGCUGAACGCCACUCAAGCAACGAGGACGUGCCAGCCACACCACAGGCCUGACCACAUGUCCCACGAACACACCACUGCAGGUCAGGUGGUGUGCAUCGAAGAAACCCCGGCCCCUGCCAGCACUGACGGCGCCUGCCCGGGCACCCCAGGAGUCCAGCAACUUUGUCUGACAAGAUGGCCCAGCCAUUGUCCCGCCCGCCUGGGGUGGCCCCUCGGGCACCCUGCCCAGGGACCUCCACGUCCUCCGCUGGCCGACCCAUGUCCACCACGCCUGGGACAGGAUGGGGCUCCGAGCAGGGGAUCGCAACAGCCCCCGCGGAGUGAGCCUGCCCACAUCCCGCAACCCAUGAUCCCCAGCCGGGGCUGCCUCCCCCUGCCCACCACGCAGCCUGGGAACUUCACUUACCCAGCACACGCGCGGCCUUCGGUGGCCUCGGCCAGACAACUUGAAGGAACUCUGCACACAAAGGGAGGAGGGCACUCAGGGCAGCCGGCACCCGGGGCCCAGCCCGAUGGCCUGGGGGACGGCCCCCACGCCCCACGCCUGGCCCAUCCUGCCUGGGCCAGCGCAGCGCUGAACAGCACACACGGAGGCCGCUCCCUUCCCGCGAGACUUGGGCUCCAGCUCGGGAGGCACGGCAGGAGCGGCGGCCAGGCCAGUCCCCCCAGCUUCCGGCCCGGCGGCCCCCGAAAGCAGGCCGAGGCCCGGAAGGGACAACGUGCAGGGCUGCUGGAGCCCACCGCGGGCCUCACCACCCAGACGCGGCCUCAGCGGUGCUGCUCCUGCACUCCGGGCCUGUAA